UUUUAGAUCGUAGGCCUGAAGUAAGGCCUAUAUAUAGCCUAGGUCUGUGUUAUUUGGUUCAUCGUUAUCAAGGUACGCUCUACUGGCUGUCCAGCUGACACACAUCACGUGACUGUUCCAGUCUAGCGGUUAAAGGAAGGUAUUAUUCUGUCAGUUACAAUAGCAUCUCAACUGUAAAGUCAGGAUUGUGUCUGGCUGAUGCGAGUUAGUGACGGAACGAAUCACAGGUCAAUAUUCGCCGAACACCAGGGGGCGUGACUGGAGAGCUGCAGAUGGUUCGGUUGUUAUGGUAACGUGGUAGGAGACCGGAUUUUAGUGAUUUUUGACGCCGAUAUACUUACCGUGGCUAACCAAUGGGCUGCAUCCAGUCCUGCAAAGACAGGCGGACAUCGCCAGCAAUCGGAGCGUCCCAAAUCUGUUCACUGGAACGAUCCAGAGAGUGCGGAAUUUUUGGACAUUACCAACAUGGCGGACCAAGACGUUGCGGAUUUCUUAGCGGCUUUCGAGGCUGGAGAUAAAAACAAGGACGGGACGUUAAAUACCGGCGAGUUUAUUCGGUUGAUGGUAGUUCUUGGCGUUCCAGGAGGUGCCGAUCGGGCCAGGGCAGUGCUUCGGCAGAUCAAUAAGAACGGAGACGCUGUGGUCACCCAACAGGAAUACUUCCAGGCGAUAAAGCAACUGAGCGUUCCAACAACACAGAUUCGGCAGAUGAAACAGAUAUUCGACAUUUUUGAUCACGAUCAAACCGGCUGGGCCUCCAAAAAGGAUGUGAUCAACGGUUUAGGGGAACUGGGCGUGCCAAUAGAAGGGGAGCUGAAAGAGAACCUCGAAAAACUAGACGCUAACAAGGAUGGUAAAAUAUGGUUCCCGGACUUUCUGCGUGUUCAGUUGAACAUUUGAUACCUCCGGAGAGCGUUCGAAACAACAGCGAGAUUUACAACGGGAUUACCGCUUCGGAUAAUCUUCUUCCAGUUUUCAGAAUAACGGUUGUUGCAAUACCGGAAGUGCUUGGCGGCGCUUCACAUGAUAUCAUAUACCAUGACCAAUGGAAUUCGUCGUUUCUCUACGUGUGCUGUUUCCAAGAGUGGGAUAAUUUCAAGCAUUUAUUCGUUCUUCACCUCACUGCCUGAACAUAUCCGUCUGUCAAAACACGUGUUUUAACAUCAUCCAUGACCAUCCCUCAUUUGCCUAAUUGUGACAUUAUUUACUAUGCCAAAUCACCUCGUGCAUUCCCUAUCUCAGACGGGAAUAAAACCUUUUGUAACUAUAUACAAUGCACAGUCUGAAUUUAUCUGUGGAUCUUCCUGGAAAUAUAAUCGUUUUAUUGAGGUGCAUGAAUACUCUGUCAGAAAUUAUGCUAGGUUUAUGAAAGAACACGCCAGUAUACGACCCCGCGCAAAAUGCCCAGUAACUAUUAAAUCCACUGUUUUUUUUUUUUUUUUUUAAGUUUCUUUGGACGAACACCAAAAUGUGUGCCUUUUUUAUGUCUCUAAUCAUCUGAUUCAUGUAUUUGAGAUUUGGUAAUAAACCAUAUCUAUUCGUGGUUAUUACUGCGGUACAUUCGCCUUUUCUCAACAAGCAUCACUGGGUUGUUUUCCCCACCAGCAGAUGAUGCCUAUCCUAAACAACUAAUAACUGUCUCAGAUGGUCUUUUUUUUUUUGACCAAUCAUAUUGCCCCAAUUUCAAAUGGUCUGGAUGAUCGAAUAUUGAACCAUGCUCCUUACAGUGCACGCGUCGCUCUGUACGUUCCCUUUACAUCACUGCCACCAAUAAUAAAUUUUGUACAGGUAGUACAAACUCUGGCCCUUGCUUAUAAUAAUACAAUACACACAUGCAUUCCUUUUCUCUAAAGUGUGUACAAAAUGAUUCCAACCAACUCCUGAAACAAAUUUAUGAAUGAAUGCUGAUUAAACAGUUCCGCGCAUGUACACCAGUGAUGAGGUUAAGACUAAACAAAGCCCACGUGCGUCGCACCGGCUCCAAAGGUCAAGCUUGUCUAUUGGUGGCAGUGAUGUAAAGUGAACAUAGAGAGCGACGCAUGCGCUGUAAGGGGUUAAGUCUGUUCCUGUUUAAUCCUAAUCCAUGUGACUUACGUGCAUGCGCAGUAUAUCAGAAUUCCAUUGCAUAGGCAACAUAGGCAACCUACGCCAUAUCUUCCAAAGAUUUUGAAUUUGACCGCGUUUGCUUUGCUUGUCACAUGCUUUUGUUUGGGGGAUUGUAAAUACGUGUACGGUAGAGUCCUUACUUUAUGCAAUAAACAUUUUC